AUGCCCAACGCCUCUUCCUGGAGUGCUAGCUCGCCUCUGCUGCUGCUCUGGGAGGACUCCUCUGGGACCCACAUCUUCCUGUCGCUGCUCUAUGCAGUCUUAGCUAUCUCAGGGACUUUAUCCAAUGUGAUGGUCAUCUACUUGGUCUUCUCCUUCAAGAAGCUGCAGACGACCAGCAAUGCCUUCAUCGUGAACGGCUGUGCGGCAGACCUCAGCGUGUGCGCCCUGUGGAUGCCCCAGGAGGCUGUGCUGGGGCUGCUGCCGCCCAACUCCUCCUCCCUUCGCUCGGCCGAGUACCGGCUGCUGCGAGGGGGGCUCCUGACCGUGUCCCUGGCCUCUCGCCUGCUUGUGGCCUUCAACAGGUACGUGCUCAUCACCAAGCUGCCCAGCGUGUACCAGGCCCUCUACCAGCGGCGGCACACGGGCUGCAUGAUCGGGCUCUCCUGGGCCCUC